GUGUGGCGUGACCCAGGAGAGAGAAGCUUCUCUUAUAAAUACACAUCCUGAAUUGACCAGAUAUCCUGACCAGAGAGACAGAGUAAUUAUUUUCAGGUGACGGCUGCCCCUGUGACCAUGACUCCAUUGUUUGCCCUCCUCUUGCCUCUCCUCCUCCUGCCCCUCGUCAGUGCCCAGGUUCCCCACUGGGGGCCUUGUCCGGAACCAGCCGUCCAGCCCGCCUUCAGCAUGAAAAAGUUCGUGGGUAGAUGGUUUGAAAUCGCCAAACUGCCUGCCCAGUUUGAGAAGGGGAAGUGCAUCGAGACCAACUUCUCCAUGAAGGCUGAUCAGACCAUUAGAGUGGUCAGCUCUGAAAUAUUAAAGGGAGAGCUAAGAACUAUCGAGGGGACAGGAGUCACAGAGGACUUAAAGAACCCAGCCAAGUUAGGCAUCAGCUACUCUUACGUCCUGCCCUACUCUCCUUACUGGAUCAUCUCCACUGACUAUGAGAACUCAGCGCUGAUCUAUUCCUGCACCGAUGUCCUGCGUCUGUUCCACAUGGACUUUGCCUGGAUCCUGGGUCGCACACGCACCCUCCCCGCCGCCACCGUCGACAAAGCCAGGGAGAUCUUCACAAGCAGCAACAUUGAUGUUAGUCGGAUGGUUGCCAGCAGGCAGCAGGGCUGUGAUUAGACCCUCUGGGAGAUUCAAUAGAAUUGGAUAGAGUAGAGUAAUGUAGAGUAGAACUUUUCCCACAGGGACAUUUGGUUUGCAACAACAUAGUAUGCAAAAGAGAUGUUGAUGGAAACAAGUUAUAUAUUUUCCCUCAUCUGUGUAAUAAUAUGUUAGCUCUGGCAAACUUCAGUGACAUUCUAUUAAUUAUUCAGGGGAAUCGUUAGAGGAAAACCAUGUACAGUAAUAGUUUGUCUGAGUUUUAUGCUUUUCUGUCAAAAAUAAUUAUAUAUUAUACAAUUACGUUAUUUUAAAUCCUAUGACUGGAAAUUAAUUGUUGUGACCUAAUUUAAAAUGUUUGUCACAAGCUGAAAACAUCAGUAUUCUCAUUAGAGGCAAUAAAAUUACAAGGAAAUCAA